AUGUUGAUGCGACGUCUGUUGUAUCUUAUUGCAUUCCUUCUCAGUUUUCAAUGCGUGUUUGUGGUGGCCGGUGAACCUGCAAAGGCUGAAGCUUCUCAUUCUCCUGGUCUACAAGGACAACCUGUUGCCGGUGAUGAUUGUUCUUCAGGUAAUACCCUCCCUAAGUGUAAAACUGUCCUGAAUGGACCUGAAGAUUCUCAUUCUGAUUGUGGGAACCCUCCUGAGAAGGAAGGUUGCAGUCCCAGUGUUCCGAAGACUGCAGAGAAUUGCACUGAAGCUUCUGAAGGUACGACUCGUUGUUCUUCAGCUGUUGGCCUACCAGCACCACCACAGGCACCACCUCUUGACUCUGCUUCAACUGCCUCUUGCAAUACUGAUUCUGGUGUUCCUGCUGAAGCUUCCUGUCCCACUAAUGUGGCCACUGCAGCAGGUGCUGGAGCUCCUAGUAGGGGUACACUUCAUACAACCCAAGGGACUUCGUCUGGUGGUGCUGAUGGGGCGAGAGGAAGCCAGGAGCAGUUGGAUCGUAAGGGAAGUCCACAAGAUACGCUUCCAGGCUCAACUGAUACUUUAACUAGUGGAGACCAA